AAUGAGAGAUUCUUCUGUUUCCUAAUUGGGCUAAUCUCCCCCAAAAUUCUGUUCCUAGAUUAUACAUUACAUAUAUAUACAGACACAAUACACACAUCUAUACAUAAACAAAUUAUUUUUUAUAUCUAUAUCUAUAUACUCCCAUAAGUUUCUCCGGCCAAGAUCCCCUCCAAAUCAUCACCAAGUUUUCAUCUUUAUUACAAUCCCAUAUUUUUCCCUAAUUUCCCAUCAAUACCCACUUUUUAUUUUUUUAAAAAAAGCCUUACUAUCUAAGAUAUAACUUUUUUUUUUUUUGUUUAAAUUAUCUUGGAAAAUUAUGGUUCACCAUUACUUUGAGUGGUGUCACGGUGGCAAUCAAGUGUUUUUAUGUGGUGAUUUUACUGGGUGGAGCAACUGUCAUCAGAUGGUUAAUGUUGAAGGUUCUUCAACUAAUUUUAUGACUAUUUGUGAUCUGACACCUGGUUUGCAUAAGUUCAAAUUUUUUGUUGAUGGUGAAUGGAGGGUUGAUGAACGGCAACGUAUUGUUAAAGAUGAGCAGGGUGUAAAUAAUUAUGUUAUUGUUGCGGAACCACGGCUCAUGGAUAUUGAUGGUUCCAGUGAUAGAAAUCUUGAUGACAGUGUAGGUUUUGAUGAUAAAAAUCUUGCUGAUGAUGCUACCACAUCAGGCAGUGGUGUUUCUAAUGAACCGGAGUUAGUUUUAACGGGUGAUGAUGUAACCACUACUCAUAGGCAAUUGUUUAAUCAUCUGUCAUCUUAUAAGGCCUAUGAUAUAAUGCCCGAUUCAGGAAAGGCUUAUGCAUUGGAUAAUAAUAUAAGCGUGGAAGAGGCAUUUCUUGUGAUGCAUGAAGAGGGUCUUACUGUAGCCCCCCUUUGGGAUGCAGCCAAUCUACAGAUCUCAGGGAUGCUAACUGCAUCUGAUUUCAUUAUGAUCCUAAUCGAGCUCCAAAGGAACCAUACUAAUAAUGUAAAUCAGUUAUCUACAAUAUCUGCAUGGAAAGAAGGGAAGCUUCAACUUCAGAGAAGACCUUUGAUCCAUGUUGGUCCUGAUGAUUCUCUCAUUGAUGUUGCCGUUCGGAUCCUGCAAAAUAACAUAUCUGCAAUUCCUGUCCUAUAUGUUUUACAAGGUUCAACUUGUCCACAGUUGCUUCAUGUCGCUUGCCUUAGUGGAAUUUUAAAACAUAUACGAAAGCAUUUUGAACACCGUAUGGCAUAUUUGCCUCUUCUACAACAUUCGAUUGGUGCUCUUCAAGUUGGUACAUGGAUUAGACAAAUCGGUGGUGCACGGGAAUUAAAAACAUUUUCCCCUAAUUAUCUUCUUGGUGAUGCUUAUAGACUGUUACUAGACGAACAUAUAAGCUCGGUGCCUAUUGUUGAUGAUAAGGGGGCCCUUCUUAAUGUUUUUUGCAGGAGUGAUGUCAUUUCAUUAGCGAAGGGUAAUGCCUAUGUUCGUGUUCAACUUGACCAGACAACAAUAUCGCAAGCACUACAGCUUGUAGACACAAAUGCCCGUGCUAGGUAUGGCAUCUGCACACGCUCGGAUUCCUUGUACAGGGUUAUCAGUCUUCUUUCUAAUCCAGGGAUGCGACGCAUUGUGGUUGUUGAUGCCGGCACGCACUUUGUGUUGGGUUUAAUUACGUUGCGAGAUAUAUUAAAUCUCAUUUUUAGGAAAUUUUCAUAAACUUCAAUUAAUCUUUGUUGUCAAUUGAAUAGUAAAUUGUUGUUUAGAGAAUAGUAUGGGAUGAUGCAAAUGCAGUAUAAAGUUGAUCCCAUAUAAUUUACUGCAAAUGUAGAUGAAUUUAGUCCAAUGAAUGAUUUGAGAUUAAUUUCUCCUUGUUGAAAUGUAUGAACUAAAUAUGUCACAAGGUUGUAUUAUUAUGCUCAAUUAUAUGUUUAUUUAUCAA